UCCUCGCAGUCCGAGGUCAGGAAGCCAGAUGAGCCCGCAGAGAAGCGCUUGCUCACCGCGACCAGCCCAAGCCAAAAGUCGCUGAGAGGACGAGGAAGUUCGGUAUGCAGAAGCAAUGCUGACUGACCUGCACGCAGCCAUGGUACCGAAGCGCGAGCCGGCGAAGGAGUCGGAGGAGCGCAAGCGCACGCAGGCGGCAUGUGAGUGCCAAAGCCAAUGCAACAACUGCAAAAUCUUCCUGAGUUUAUUCAUUCUCUCGCUCUCUCUGCACCUCGUCACGCUCUUCUGCUACCUGGACCUGCGCUCGGAGCUCAAACGAGAAAUAUCCCUGAAGAACAAAGAUGAGGUGUCAUCAACGGGGCUGGUGCCGCACUAUGAAGCCACAGCGCCAGUGCUCCGGUUACCGGACACCGACCACCCAACAAUAGACGACCAGAGCAGAUGGAGGGAUGAACACACAAGAGGGCUGGAGAGAGUCAUUCAUCGUACCAAACGUUCAGAUUCGAGUAUAAAAUCCAAGCAUCAGACUGUGUUAGGUGAGUAUUAUUGCGAGUGUCCAACUGUGUGUGAGCAUCUGUGUGUACAUGCAUGGUUAAAUAAGGAAUGUAAAGAUGAGACGUUUUUCCACUGCUUUCACACAGCUAAAACAGACAACGCGAUCACCUUCCUCAGUGUAAUGCAGCCACCUCCAUUUGUCGAACCAGUUUGUGGCGCAGAUAAAGGAAAACACAGAGAGACACAGCCAGCUGUGGUGCAUCUUCAAGGUCAGGAAACUACUAUCCAGGUGAAAGAAGAUUUGUCAGAAGGUGUGUUGAAAAAUUGGAGAAUGAUCUCAAUCCAUCAGAGAGUGUUUAAAAUGCACUCACGCUCUGGAGAGCUGGAAGUCCUACUUGACGGAACAUAUUUUAUAUAUAGUCAGGUAGAAGUAUAUUACCUGAACUUCACGGACAUAGCGAGUUAUGAGCUGAUGGUUGAUAAGACUCCAUUCUUACGCUGCACGCGAAGCAUCGAGACCGGCCAGCGCAAGUUCAACACCUGUUACACCGCGGGGGUGUGUUUGUUGCGAGCCCACCAGAGGAUCUCGAUCCGCAUGGUGUACGAGGACACCUCCAUCUCCAUGAGCAACCACACCACCUUCCUCGGCAGCAUCCGUCUAGGGGACGCCCCUGCCGCAGGACACACCUGAGCCCAUCGGCGUACGGGUCGAGCUGAUCAGACACACACAUCACUCUGAUGAGCUCACAGACCACACCCACUGAACUCAACUGAGCCAGUAUGUCUCAUUAGCACCGCCACCAAGGACACAGAGCCAACCAUUUAUGAACGACCGGGCUCAUCUACAUAUCUGCCGAGCAUCAGGCAAAUGUGACUAUGUAGCAUCACCAACACUGACAAAAAGAUCCAAUUCUCUCUGAGCACUGAAACAGCCUCCAUCAUUCCUCAAACACUAGCAACACAAUAUUCGCUACAAAUUAUUAAAUCUACAGACUGGCUUCCUGGUAAAUAACCAAGAUGCAUUGUGUAUUAGUCAUUCUAGCAGCUUCCACCUAGCCACUGGAUGAGUUGAGCGUCUUUACACCUGCGUGUAUGUGUUAUCCGGCACGCGUAGCACAUGAUUGCAGUGACUGGAACUGUGAAUGGAGUGAGAUACUCUAUUCAUUUCACCGGUAGCAUAACAGACACACACAUUAAUAGAUUCAAAAACACAUAAAUAGUGAACCUGUGUACUUUUCUAUCAAGCACUGAUUAUGGCAAUGUAUAAAACAGAAUAUCUAUGUUCAGUUAUCACUAAAUUUUUACAAAUGCAGUCAAGAUGCCCAUUUUUGAUAUGAAGUCAUGCAAUUCUGAAAUGUACAGUUGUAUGGUUCUUUGCUCUCUACCUACCUGUAAUUACCUGUGGGAAAAACUGAGUGAUGCCAGUAGUUCAGGCACUGAAAUCGAUGAUAAUCCAUAAUGGCUUUCUAGUGUCCUAGUCUUCCAACAUCAUCCUGAAUAUGCGAUACAAUACCAUAUGCCUCCUGUAGGGGACAGUAGUGCUCCUCUAUAGCAAAUGAAGCACUGAGUCUGGCUGUGUUUGGAAUAGAAUACUGUUGUACUUCGAUUACUUUUGCUACAGUACAUAGAAUGCAUGCUGUAGUCUAAUAUAUAUAUAUAUA